AUGGACCGAUCUGUCGAAGACGAGAGCUCUCUCAGUAAAGCACACGACCAAUUUCCCGAGAGGGUCCAAGUCAGACUGCACCGCCUAAAGGUAAAGGAAGAAGGUCCAUUCAGUCAAAGGAAGCAGGUAUAUCUCCGACUAGAACAUGAUGAGUUUGUCGCUGGAAACUUCGACGACAUCACAACGCAAUACUCGAGUCAAAGUCCACGUCGUCAACUCGAAUACUGGGUGCACUUCUAUAUGAAUCAACACCGCAGCAGAGCCGCUGGCCUCUUUCAAACGCACGGUCAAGAGGAGAAAUACCGUGUGAUGAAUGUUGGAGGUCUCUGCACCUGCGGCUGA